GAAACUAUAGGGAAAAAAAGGAGAAAGUAUUGGAAAAAACGAGAGACUAUUGGAAAAAAGGGCGAGCACCGUGUCCAAAGCCGUGGGCGCGUGCCAAGGGAGGAGGGCAGGGCCGGGGGGGCGGAGGGCAGGGGACGGCCCCGCCGCAGCACCCGAAGGCGCCGCCGCUGCCGCCACCACCCCGGGGUGCCCCCGGCCCACCAUGGCCAUGCAGGGCAUGGAGCUGUGCGCCGUGGCCGUGGUCAUCCUCCUCUUCAUCGCCGUCCUCAAGCAGUUCGGCAUCCUGGAGCCCAUCUCCGCGGAAGACAGCAGCGACGGCGACCUGGAGCUCUCGGCCGUGCGGCACCAACCCGAGGGGCUGGAGCAGCUGCAGGCGCAGACCAAGUUCACCAAGAAGGAGCUGCAGUCCCUCUACCGCGGCUUCAAGAGCGAGUGCCCCAGCGGCCGGGUGGACGAGGAGACCUUCACGCUCAUCUACGCGCAGUUCUUCCCGCAGGGCGACGCCAGUGCCUACGCUCACUUCUUGUUCAACGCCUUCGACGCCGACGGCAGCGGGGCGCUCUGCUUCGAGGAUUUUGUCGUCGGCCUCUCCGUCUUGCUGCGGGGGACGGUGCAGGAGAAGCUGAACUGGGCUUUCAACCUCUACGACAUUAAUAAGGACGGCUUCAUCACCAAGGAGGAGAUGCUGGAGAUCAUGAAGUCCAUCUACGACAUGAUGGGGCGCUGCACCCUGCCCGCCCCGAGGGACAGCGCGCCCGCCGAGCACGUGGAGCUCUUCUUCCAGAAGAUGGACAGGAACGGGGACGGCGUGGUGACCUUUGAGGAGUUCCUGGAGACGUGCCAGCAGGACGAGGACAUCGUGAGCUCCAUGCAGAUCUUCGAGAACACCAUCUAGAGCUGCUGCGGCACGGCGGAGGAGCCGUUCUGACCCCUUCACGACACAACGCGAGGCUCCUAACGCCCGAGGUGCAGGAAACGCUAAAAAUGAGCGGGAAAGGUUAAAACCAAGGAGGACGGCGGCGGCUUGUCCAGCCGAGCUGCCAGAGCCCCCUCUGCCAGCCGCUUUUGGGGCAGAACUCCCCAAACCGGGAUCUCCCUGCCCCAGGGGACGGCCAGCGGCGCUGAAGAGCUCGUCACAGCGCAGAAACGGACACCUCGAGGAAUCCUGAAAAAAAAAAAA